CACUAGUUGAUUCCGAAAUCCCCCACUCGGUCCUCCUAAUCCUCUAUUCUCCAAUCGCCUUCUUUCAAAGAUUAAACCCUAACAAAAUCAGAGACGAAGAAUUCCAGAAAUGAAUUCUCUGGCAAGGCAAUCAUCGAUGACUCUCUUCAGACGUCCGAGUGUCUUGUUGAACUCAGUUGCUUCGGAGCUCCAACAAUGGCGUGGGAUUCGAGUGAAGGUACGGAACAACAACCUGGAACAAGCGCUGGUGUUUAUGCAGAGGAAGAUGCAAUCGAGCGGGAUCGAGCGACUGAUAAAGAAACAGCAGACUCACCAUAUUAAGAACUCUGAGAAGCGCGUUUUGGCUCAAAAGAACCUCGAGCGUAAGAUUCGAUCGCAAGACCUCGCUCGUAAGCUCAAAUCCAUCCUCCUAAAGAAAGUCAGGGGUCUAUGAGAGCAGUUUCAAACUCCCAGAUUUUCUCAUGGCUAAGUGCAAAAGGGACUAUCCUGUUUGUUUUGUUUCUGUAUGAAUCACUUUCUACUGAUUAGAACCACAUACAAUAUCAUCUGCUGUCUUGAAAAUUUUUAGUUUCAACAUCAUUGGAAACUGGCACAGCAGGGUAUUGAGGGGCCAUGAGUUUUAAUUUUGAUUGAUUUGGUGGAAUUCGAUUGCGGAAUACUGCAGCUAAGCUGUUUGGUUUGGCAUGCUUAUGAUAAAACGGUUCAUGUGGCGGCUAUCCAUCCCCU